CGAAAAGACUAAUCUCUCUCUCUCUCUCUCUCUCUCUCUCUCUCUCUUUGUCGCAUCCUCUCUCUCUCUCUCUCUCUCUCUCUGUCGCUCCCUCGCCAUUGGGGAAGUGGCCAAGAAGCUUCAUCUUCCUCCUCCCCACUCCCAAUCGCUUGGUUUCUACCCAUCUCCGCCCUCUUUUUCAUGGAGUUUUGAGCUUCUUCUCGAAGUCUAAGACCCAGUAGAAGGGGAGCUUCGCCUUUGCUAAAGCUUCGGCCCUUUUGAGGAUUCGCCAAGCUCAGGUUUAGAUAUGACUGAUCGAGACAAAGAUCAUGUCCCGAUACUGCCUAGGAAGGUUGAGCUACAAAAAUUUACAGCUAGGAGUGCUUCAAUGAGCAUACCCGUCAGCGAGACCUACGAAAAUGAAGACACUUUUGUAUCUCAUACUGGUCCUUUGAGGCUUCAAAGGCCAACCCAGUUUGAACAUAUGAGCGGUCCUUUGUAUAGCAAUCAGAGAGCUGAAAAGCCUACUUGGACUAAACUGGGCAAACAAAACAGCAUUGCUCAUGCAAUCAUGCCGGAAGAAAUUAGAAGAAAUGAUUGGUCCUAUCACAAUGAUAUUGGAAGGAAUGAGCAUUUAUUGAAGUCCGGUCCUCUGGGGCUUUGCAAUAAUCCAGAUUGUACCGAUUGCCCUGCUGCUUAUAAGAAAACUAAACGGCACUAUUACGGAAGUCCGGCUUCUCUUGACAGUAAGCUUCAUAACCUUCUAUAUGGUGAUGUUGAUGGUUGGGCAAAAAAGUCACUUUCAUAUCUGGCUUCCUACUUCCCUAUCAUGAAUCCACACACUAAGGUCGUCCAACAGUGGAAUAAAUUUUUCGUCAUAUCAUGCUUGGUUGCAAUUUUCAUCGACCCGUUAUUCUUCUUCCUUCUGUCUGUUGAGCAGGUUGACAAGUGUAUAGUUCUGAACUGGUCCUUCGCUACAGUCCUUGCUGUUGUGAGAAGCAUAACUGAUUUAAUUUAUCUUUUACACAUGCUUCUUCAGUUUAGAUUGGCAUAUGUUGCUCCAGAAUCAAGAGUUGUUGGUGCUGGGGAUUUAGUUGAUGAACCAAAGAAAAUUGCUCUUCAUUAUCUUCAGGGUUAUUUUAUAGUUGAUUUCUUUGUAGUAUUACCACUUCCUCAGGUGAUGAUAUUAGUAGUAAUACCAAAAUAUGUGGGGUCUUCAGCAGCGAACUAUGCAAAAAAUCUGUUACGUGCCACUGUUCUUCUUCAAUAUGUUCCGAGAAUCAUCAGAUUUGUACCAUUGCUUGGUGGGCAAUCGGCAAGCGGCUUCAUAUUUGAGUCAGCAUGGGCUAAUUUUGUUAUCAAUCUAUUGAUGUUUGUUUUGGCUGGACAUGUUGUGGGCUCAUGUUGGUAUCUCUUCGGAUUGCAGGUUAAAAAUCUUGCUAGGGUAAAUCAGUGUCUACGGGAUGCUUGCUCUUUGUCUAAAACUCCAUACUGUCAAACACUCAUAGAUUGCGGACGUGGAAAUAAUAUUCAGCAGUUUGAUCCUAGUCGGCAGGCGUGGAAAAAUGAGGGCAAUUCUAAUAAUUGCUUUGUGAGUAGUGAUGGACCAUUCAAUUAUGGUAUUUAUCAGCAGGCUGUUUUGCUGACCACAGAGCACAGCGUUGUUAAGCGAUAUGUAUAUUCGUUAUUUUGGGGGUUUCAGCAAAUCAGCACCUUAGCUGGAAAUCUGGUUCCGAGUUAUUUUGAAUGGGAAGUUCUGUUCACCAUGGCUAUUGUUGGAUUGGGGCUGCUGCUUUUUGCCUUGCUCAUUGGAAACAUGCAGAAUUUUCUCCAAGCUCUCGAAAGAAGGAGACUAGAAAUGCAACUUAGACGACGUGAUGUUGAACAGUGGAUGAGUCAUCGACGCUUGCCUGAAGACUUGAGAAGACGAGUGAGACAAGCAGAAAGAUUCACUUGGGCUGCUACUCGGGGUGUGAAUGAAGAAGAGCUACUUGAGAACUUACCGGAGGACAUACAAAGAGAAAUACGCCGUCAUUUCUUUAAGUUUCUCAACAAGGUUAGGAUUUUCAAACUAAUGGAUGAGCCAAUAUUGGAUGCUAUAUGUGAAAAGUUGAGACAAACACUAUACAUAAGAGGGAGCGACAUUCUAUAUCAGGGAGGGCCUGUCGAGAAGAUGGUUUUCAUAGUGAGGGGUAAGUUGGAAAGCAUUGGAGCCGAUGGAUUUAUUACUCCACUACAGGAAGGCGAUGUGUGCGGCGAGGAGCUCCUAACGUGGUGUCUCGAACACUCUUCAGUGAAUCGAGAGGGAGGUAGGAUUCGAUUUGCUGGGCUUCGUUUGCUUGCUACCAGAACUGUUAGAUGCCUAACUAAUGUCGAAGCCUUCGCGCUUCGAGCUGCUGAUCUGGAAGAAGUGACUUCAUUGUUCUCAAGAUUCCUGCGCAACCCGCGUGUACAGGGGGCGAUUAGGUACAUGUCACCUUAUUGGAGAAACAUGGCGGCAACUCGCAUUCAAGUAGCUUGGAGGUACAGGCAAAGGCGGCUAAAGCGCACUGAGAGUUCGAACCCCUAAAUUUUAGUGAACGUCAUUCAUCGGUACCAUUAAAGCACAUAUGUCAUGCAUUUAAUGAGUUAUAUAUUGAUCAUAUAUUAUAGAAAUACCAGAACCCUUUUGGGGCUCUGGAUAGUAAAUUUAGCGGAUGGUUUUAGGGCAGGUGCAAUAUUUAAGUGGAUUUUUCCCCUUGUUAGGGUGCUUUUUGUAAAUUUGCUGGAGAAAAUUAUGUAAUCACUUCUAUAUGUAUGAUAUAUUCCACACUUACAACAUUUUUCCCCCCUCUUUUGUGUUCUAAUUUGUAGUGGUUAUGAAGCAAUUAAUGAUGCAAAUACUAUUGAAAAUAGAAAA